AUGUCGAAAGAAACAGCGUCUAUGAGAGAAAUACAACACAACCGACAACUCAUUGUACAAGCUCUAAAUAAGAACACAACAAACUUUUCAAACUAUUCUAAGAUAUCUGAGUCAUUGAAAGAAGGAAACUUAAAACUGACAUUAAACCCAUUGACAGACGAGUUUCUGUUUCAAGACAGUAAGAACCAUACUGUUUGUAUAAAUCCAACAAAAAGAACUUUAAACGAGAAACCUAUAGAUGAACUUCUUUUGAAAGCAGAUAUUGACAACAAAGCUGACAAAGAGUAUGUAGAUGCAACAAGAGACUAUAUUCUCGCAUGGACAGAUAGAACAUACCCACAAAAACAUCAUACACAUAACAUCUAUGACGUAGAUGAACUACCAGCAAUGUUAGAUGACAAAGCAGAUAAAACAUAUGUUGACAAUAAAAUGUCAAGUGAAGUGACAAGAGCUGACAAAGAAUAUUCUAAAAAGACUCAUACACAUACCAUUGCAAAUAUUACAAACUUACAAGAAACCUUAAACAGGAAAAGUGACGUUGGACAUACACACGAUUUCUUCGCAACUGUUGGUAUAGAAAAUAUUGCAGGAACGGUUGAAGAACCUGAUGGAACUGGUGGGGAUGUAUUAAAUUGGAAACCUCCUAACUUUCCACAAGGUUUAACAUCGGAGGAUGACAUAACGACGAUGAGAUACAUUAGAUGUAGAGAUGUUUAUGUCAUGGAGGAUGAAAAUAAAGUUAAAUUCACUGCUCAAGAUUUAUAUGACAAGAAAGCAGACAAAAAAGAGCUUCAAACAUUAAAGACAGAAAUACUUCAAACCAUUUACCCGGUUGGUUCUAUUUAUACGUCAAUGAACUCUACCAGACCAGAAGUAGUACUUGGUUUUGGAACUUGGACUCAAAUACUCGAAAGUUUUUUGUAUUGUGCACACACUCCAAAGAAAACAGGUGGAAGUAAAACGAUAUCUGUCGACAACUUGCCACCACAUAGUCAUUCUGGUACAACAAACUUUUCUGGCGACCAUAGCCACUCAUUAA